AUGUAUGUCCCCCUAAAGCAGAAUCUGACGACGCUAUACCAAAAGCCAAACGAGUCGUUGAGAGAGUGGCUUGCAAGAUAUGGGGAAGCUGUCGCCGCCACGAUGGACAUAACCGACCGGGAGGCCUUGAUGGGGGCAUUGUCUAGCAUGAAGAAAAUUAUCCCCUUCAAGAGAGAGCUGAACCGAAAGCUCCUGUCCAGCUAUAAGGAAUUCCUUACACGAGCGCAAGGCUACAUAAACGCCGAGGAAGCGGAUGCGAACGACCCUGAGCACAGGUCCAAUAAAAACAAGGGGGCCGAACAAGGGUCGACGCCAACAAAACAGGAUGGAAAGAAGCGACGAGGUGGAGGGAGCGGGGACAAGCAGCCCGCUUCGACGUCGAACACUCCAGAAGCUAAGAAGCCGAGGCAAGAGGAGAACCAUGAGAUCGAGAGAGUAAUCCGCGAGGGGAAGCUGCAGGAGUUCAAAGCCGAGCAGAGACCUAGAAACGAUGGCCACGACGGCCAGAAUGACGGUCGACGCCGAGAGGAGAACCAGUGCCCAGAGGACCGAGAACCCGUCGGCGUCAUACGAACUAUCCUCGGCGGCCCCUAUAUAGGAGGAGACUCAAGGAGAUCUCAGAAGGACUACGCCCAUGAGACUAGAGGGGUCUACCAGGAAAGAUUCUGGAGUGUCUCCGCUUCAAAAAUGCCAAGAUUCAGAAGCACUGACGUAGCGUUUAAUGAGGACGACGCCAGCGGAAUUCACUUCCCCCACAACGACGCGUUGGUGGUAGAAGCCAUGAUCGGGAACCAUACUGUGUGCCGGAUCUUAGUGGACAAUGGGAGCCCAGUAGACCUCCUAUACUCCGACUGCCUGAAAAAGAUGGGGAUUUCAAAGGAGCAGCUAGAAAAGACCUCCAGGCCGUUGUACGACUUUACUGGGGACUCCGUCAUCCCUCAGGGGACUAUCCGGUUGCCCAUAACCGCAGGAGAGAAACCUCGACAGGCCACCACAAUGGCUAAUUUUGUGGUAAUAAGGGGGGCUCCAAGUACAAUGCUGUGA